AUGAGGCCAAAAGGUCUGGGCCACCUGCAGUUUACCAUUAAACCAACAGACACGGGUCACAGGGACUUGGCUGCAGACUCUGAGCCUCUGUCACCUGGCACAGGACAAAGACAGGAGGGCACAGGUCCCACCAGGGACAUCCAGCUCGGUACAGCCAGCCUGGAGAAGGAUGGAAGCCGUGCCCUGCUGAGUGUCCCAGAUGAUGGCCUUGCCAAGGGUCUGAUGCCCAGCCUGAGGAGCCCUUCUGAUGUGGUCACCAGGGACCACCUACAGCUGCUAUCUGCAGCUGUGUGGGGAGAAACACUACCAAGAGACCAAAAGACUUGGGAGCCCUCUGGUGUACCCAGGAACACCCAGAUAUCAGAAGGACAGCAAGGGAAACAUGCUGAGCUAGGCCCUCCCUGGGUAACCAAGUACUUUCCCAUCAGGAGCUGCCACCUCAUCUUCCAAGAUGGGUCUGGCGUAUUUUACCUCCCGCUGCAUGCUGACAUUGAACUCAACAUCUGGUGCAACUGGACCAUCUGGGCAGGCCCCCAGAAGCACAUUGUUGUCUAUGUCCAUGGGUUCCAGGGGAGCAAUGGCUGUGCCAACAACCAGGACAAGAUCAUUUUCCAGGUGGUCUCGUCAAGUGUGGAAACCCAAGUGGUGUAUGCCUGCCAUAACAGAGGCACUCUGAUCUUUGCUGCACAAGCCACUGAGGUCCAGGUCUUGUUUCUGUCAGGGAGUGGUUUCAGAAGCCAUGAAUACAGGUAUUUUAAAGGAUGGUAUUAUGUAUUCAGAGACUCUGAAAUUGUGGGCUCUUCAAGUGAUACCCUAGCAGCUCCCCAGGAGACCUCUAAAAAAGAGAGCUGGAGGACAGUGGUGACCAAAGGUUUAUUAUCCAUGUUGACAGCUCCUCUAGGCCCACCAGCUGCAACUGCUGGUGGUAGGAUCCAGCCUGACAUUGUGAGCCCAGAAGAAGUGGCCCAACAUUCUCCUGAUCUCAUGGAAGAUGGUCAGUCUGGUGCUAACCUGAGUGAGAAUGGUCAGGAUGAAGCCAGGCUGGAAAGGAACCUUAAGGACGGUGGCAGCAAGGGCAGAGACACUGAAGAUGACAUGUUGGUGGAGCCAGCUCCAGCUGGGCAAGACUCUGGGGGCCAGUGA